GCAGGACCACCGUACACCCAACUUUCGCCCACAGUACCGACACUGCGUCUCCUUAUGCUGAUGCCGGGUUGCUUUAACGAUGAUAUCACUGGCUUUCUUAUCGAGGUCCCAAUUGCCUCCAAGCCCAAAUACGUUGCAUUGUCUUACGAAUGGGGAAAUCCAAGGGACACUGUGCCGAUCCAGCUAUUCGGACAGGAAUAUCUAGUAACGAAGAACCUUGCAGCAGCCCUGCGACAUAUCAGAAGCGAAUACGGAAUUAUGGCUUUCUGGGUCGAUGCCGUGUGUAUAAAUCAGGCAGAUGUCGCAGAGAAGAACGUCCAACUCGCUCAAAUGGGCUCAAUAUAUAAGGACGCCACAGAAGUCCUAGUUUGGCUGGGGAUGGAU